UUUGUUUCCCAUGUUACUCAUCAUUUCUAAAUUCUAUCUAAUUGCACACACAUAUACAAUACAUACAUACAUAUAUAUAUAUAUAUAUUGCAUUAAAAAAAUAGAAUCCCAUAUGAGACAACUGGAUUUGUAGUCAAAAUAACCCUAAAGUUCCCGUCUUUCUUCCCUUUCCCCUCUUGAUUUCUGGGAUUCUGUUCUUGAAGCUUCUAUCAAUAUUUUUUUUUCUGAAUUAUUUCAAACAAUUUUGUAUUUCUCUCCAUCUGUCAAUAGCAUAUUCCUCUGGGCUCUGAGUUGUCAUGACUGCGAUGGGGUUGGUGCUCUUUUCGUGAUUGUUUCCUCUCUCUUUUUUGUCCCCUUUGCUUUUUCGUAAAGUUUCCUGCAAUUUUUUUUCUCCAUCGAGCGUGAUUGUCGAUUUGAUCGCCCGCUCAUCGUUUUUAUCUGCUACUGCGUUUAUGGGUUUCGUAUCGUUCGAUGUCUGUUUCGUAACGAUCGGAUAACGCCAGAUUUGGAUUAAACAGAAUUACAAAAAGGUUUUUCAGAUUCGGAUUAUCCGAAAUUACAGCGUGAUUCCAGUUGAGAAUUCGAUUAUCAUUUGAAGAUGGUGGAUUCGGAGCAGUGAUAAUCUGUCGUUCUCAGAUGGAUUCUCCGUCGAGUCGGAAGAAUCUGAGGUUAUUCAGAUACGUUUCCAGGCCCGUAGCUUGCAAAUGCCUUCUUCUAGUGUCGAUUGCUCUGUUCUACAGAGCUCUGCUGCUUUACUGUUCUUCCGGGAAUGGAUUGAAUCGCUCCUGGAACGACGGCGGAUCUUCGAUCCGAACCCGUUACAUGUCGGAUUCCGACGUCGGAAUCCGUCGGAAUAAGUUUCUCGAGGUUCCUCAGAUCGUGUGGGGUUUGAACAAUCAGAAGAUUGCGUUUGCUAGGGCUUGUUUAACUGCCAGAAUGCUGAAUAGGUCACUUCUCAUGCCGAGCUUGAGCGCUUCCUUGUUCUACAAGGAACUCGAUAAGCUGAAUCCGAUAUCGUUCGAUAAGGUGUUUCGGUUCGACCGGUUUAACUCGCUCUGCAGCGGGUUUGUUCAGAUUGCUCGGUUCUCGGAUCCGAGAAACGGGAGCGAUGUGUUUGAUUUGAUGAAAGGUAGCGGGAGGAGAUGGACGGUGGGACGAGAUUUGGAACAACUGAGGGAAGCGAGCGAGAAACCGAUCGAUGAUUUCGAAGUGAUUCGGAUCGUGGGGAAGAAUCCGUUCUUGUGGCACGAUCACUGGCCCGUUAAGGAUUACGCUAAGGUGUUCGAAUGUAUGGAAGUGGUGGACGAGAUCGGGAGAGAAGCCGAUAAAGUUGUGAUGAAGGUUCGACGAGCAGGGGAAGAAGCAAUGGCUAAACUCAAACCCGGGCUCGUCCCGAAGUUUUCAGGUAACCCACCGACGAUUCCUUACGUAGCGGUUCACAUGAGGAUAGAGAUAGAUUGGAUGAUACAUUGUAAGAAGUUAGAACAGCGGAAGAACGUUUCCGAAAUCUGCAGCAGUAAAGAACAGAUCAUGGAACGGGUCGGGAAUGUCGUGGGCUCGAAGAUUCCCGUCGUGGUUUACCUCGCGGUAGCAGACAGUCUCCUCGAAGAUUCCUCGAUUCUAACGGGAUGGAGAGACGGGUUACUCCCGUACGAGAAGAAAACCCUCGGGGUUGAGAAGAUGUACAAGAAGUAUCCGUAUCUGAUCCAAUCCGCAAUAGACUACGAGGUGUGCUCGAGAGCCGACGUGUUUUUCGGGAACAGUUUCUCGACGUUUUCGAGCCUCGUAACCCUCGGGAGGACGCACAGGGCGAUAAGGUCGGGAAUCACGGGAUUUUGCGGGGAGAACGGCGACGACGACGAGGGUUUCGGGUGGCGGAAUUACGCGUAUAAUCUACGGGGGAAAUCGGACGACGUUCCUCGGAGAUGGAUGACGAACAUGUCUGAACCAAGCCUGGAAGCCAUUAGCUAUGGCUCGAAUGACGUGUCUUGUAUAUCUGUAUAGAUAUAUUUAUUUUUUAAUUUUUUAAUUUUUUUAAGGUAAGGUUAAUUGCGGAUACAUAUACUGCGAAAUAUGUUUUUCAAUUUUGGAUUUCGAAUUUAGAAUUUAGGGUUUAGAAUUCUAUAUGGAUUUUGGAAUUUUGAUUCA